UCUGUGGCGCGUUCCUUUCCAACCGCGUGCCCGUGGGUUUGCCUGUGUGUCUACGUUAAGGGACUCCAACCGGGAAGAGAAAUGCCGUCAAAAGUCAUCUUUGAAACCGAAGAACAAGUAAUGGAAGACAACAUGAACGCUGUGGCAGAGGUUAAACCCAUGAAGAACAAGACCAAGGAGGACAAGAAGCUGAAGAAGAAGAAGCAGCAGUUGGAGGAGCAGGAGGACCCAGACUGUGGCCCUCCGUUACCAAAGAAGAAAAAGAAUAAAGACAAGCUGGCAGCGGACCAAGUGAACGGCCAUGCCGAUGAGGCCGCAGACGUGAAUGGUAACAGUAAUGGUGUAGAAACACCAAAGAAGAAGAGUAAGAAGAACACAGAAGGAGAGAAGAAAACCAAGAAGAAGGAAAAGAAAGCAAUUGCAGAAGCAGCAAACAAUGGACAUUCCACCCCAAACACCCCAGUUCAGACUCCCAUCCAGACACCGUCCCAGUCAAGUGACGACUCAGCCAGUGACAGCGAAAAAGAAAAAGACGAGACACCGGAGCAGAGAGAAGGGGCAUUCUCCAACUUCAGAAUCUCCCAAGUCACUAUUGAUAAGCUAAAAGCUCGGGGAGUCUCUUACCUGUUUGACAUUCAGGUGAAAACAUUUAAUUCUGUGUAUGACGGAGAGGAUGUAAUUGCCCAAGCCAGAACUGGAACAGGAAAGACUUUCUCCUUUGCCAUCCCUUUGGUGGAGAAGCUCCAGAAGGAGUCGGCAGAGAUGACCAGAGGCCGGCCUCCCAAGGUCCUGGUGUUGGCUCCAACCAGAGAGCUGGCUAUCCAGGUUGCUAAGGACUUCAAAGACAUCUCCAAGAGGUUGUCUAUUGCCUGUUUCUAUGGAGGCAGCUCAUACAAUCCACAGAUCGAUGCUAUCCGCAAUGGAAUUGAUAUUUUGGUUGGAACCCCUGGUCGCAUCAAAGACCACAUCCAGAACAAUAAGCUCAACCUCACUAAACUGAAGCACGCUGUUCUGGAUGAAGUAGACCAGAUGUUGGACAUGGGGUUUGCAGAGCAGGUCGAGGAGAUUUUGGGUUCAUCAUAUAAGAAAGACGGCGACACCAACCCACAGACUCUUCUGUUCUCGGCCACCUGCCCCCCUUGGGUGUACGAUGUGGCCAAGAAAUACAUGAGACCAGCGUGCAAACAUGUUGACCUGAUUGGGAAGAAAACACAGAAAGCUGCAACAACUGUGGAACACCUGGCCAUAGCGUGUCACUGGUCACAGCGUGCGGCGGUGAUCGGCGAUGUGAUCCAGGUCUACAGCGGCAGCCACGGCAGAACCAUCAUCUUCUGUGAGACAAAGAAAGAGGCCAAUGAACUUUCCAUGAAUACAUCCAUCAAACAGAGUACCCAGUCCCUCCAUGGCGACAUUCCACAGAAACAGAGAGAGAUGACCCUAAAGGGCUUCAGGAAUGGACUCUUUGAGGUUCUCGUUGCCACAAAUGUUGCAGCUCGUGGAUUAGACAUCCCUGAAGUUGACUUGGUUGUCCAGUGUUCUCCACCCAAGGAUGUGGAGUCAUACAUCCAUCGUUCAGGACGUACAGGCCGAGCAGGCAGGACUGGAAUCUGCAUCUGCUUCUACCAAAGGAAAGAAGAGGACCAGCUGCGCUAUGUAGAAAACAAAGCAUGCAUCACAUUCAGGCGCGUAGGUGUUCCUACUGCAAAUGAUAUCAUCAAGUCAUCAAGCAAAGAUGCUGUCAGGUUUCUGGACUCCGUUCCAGUCACAGCUAUUGAGUAUUUCAGGGAAUCGGCUGAAAAGCUGAUCGAGGCGAGAGGAGCGGUUGAUGCAUUAGCUGCUGCCCUGGCCCACAUUUCUGGAGCCACAAGUCUAGAGCAGAGGUCACUGCUCAACUCUGAUGCUGGGUUCACCACGAUGCAGUUGGUGUGUUCCCAGGAGAUGCACAGUCUGGGCUACGCUUGGAAGAGCAUCCGUGAACAGCUAGGAGAAGAAAUCGAGAACCACAUUCACAGAAUGACCUUCCUCAAAGGCAAAACAGGAGUUUGUUUUGAUGUCCCAGCUGAUAAAGUCAAGGAGUUUCAGGACAACUGGAAGGAUGGUCGCCGUUGGCAACUGACUGUAGCCACAGAGCUCCCAGAGCUGGAGGAGAAGCAGUUCAGUAACCGCAGUGACAGAGGCUUUGGUAGCCGUGGUGACAGAGGAGGGUUCAGAGGUGGAAGGGGACGAAGCUUUAGGGGAAACGGUGGCCGUGGCAAUGGUUUCCGGAGCGGUGGCUAUGGCAACAGCAGAGGAGGAGGACACAAACGCAGCUUCAGCCAAGCUUUUGAUUCCUGAAGCACCAACCUGUGACUGAUGAGACUGACUGUCACUCAGCUGGACUGGCAGCGGUUUUUGUUGGCUGUCAGUGAGAGCGGCCAGUGUGCGGCUUGUGAAAAUCUCCAUGACCAUAGAAGCUGAAUUGUAAAUUACAACACAAUUCAUUCAACUACAGAUUGUCAUUUAUAAACGGCUCUUUAUUUGAAGAGUGUGGUUCAUUUUCAAGUAGCCAUUAAAAAUGGUCUAAGAUAGAUAUUUCUGUUAAAGGGUAUAUUAAUAUAACUGGUAGCCAUUUUAUAAUGCCUGACAUGUACUUCUUGAAGUGACACAUUACCUGAAACUCUUUGAAUGACUAGUUGAAUGUUCACUGUACAGCAUAAAUGAGUGUGUAAUUCAGCUGGGAUGUGUUGAAAGACAAAAUCAGAAACAUUGGCUGCUAAACCUAACAGAAAAACUUUUGCAUGAUAAAAUGAAAUGACAUGAAAUGGGAGUUGGAAGAAGUCAUCUAAUGAGUUUUAGGUAAGGUGUUGUUUUUUUUUUAAAUAAAUACUGGGUGUUUGGGGAACAGUUGCAGCAGUCAGACUUCGGCAUUUGUCCAAAAUAGAAGACAUACUCGUGACCUAACAGUUUGCAAACCUGACAGUUGUUGCAUGAUUACACUGCCUCUUUUGUAAUACCGUGAAGACACUGCAGACACUGUGUCAUGCAGGAGACACUUUGUUUCUGCUCUGCACCCACAGGAAUGAGGGAUAAUAAAAGGCGUGUUAACCUUUACAGUUGUGCUCAUGUCAGAUUGCUGCAUUACCCUCUUCUGAAACCUCUCCCCAAAAAUAUAUUGGAUGAUUGCUUUGCAAUUGCCUCUAUUUAAUGACUGUGUCUACUGCUUCCAUUCAUUUGAAUGCAAUUACUUAUUAAAAAAGGUCAACAAAAA